GGUCGCUAAGACACAGAAUUCAGACAAGCUGGGGUCAGUGCUUGAAACAUGUUCCUGGUCAGGGCCCUCCUUGUGUUGUUGGUUUCGGACGAGAGCCUGCGUUCUGCAUCUCAUGCAGAGUUGACUGACCCGGUCAAGACUGUUGGAGAAAUAACAACAGUUAAUACGACAGGAUUUAGUUUCACAGACCCUACAUAUACAAAAAUGACAAUGAGAAAAGAAACCGCGAGCAGAUCAGGAGAGGCUACAUCAUCUGACACUACCACUGUCGCGAUGAUGCAAACUUCAGACAAGGCUACCAGACAUCAUACACCCAUUUCUGAUACUAAAACGUUACAACAGACAAAAUCGGCUGGCCCAGAUUCCGCAACACCGCCUACCAUGACCACAAAGCAGCAAGAACCAUCUGCAACGUAUAUGACGGUUAAUUAUGUUCUACCUACACCACCGCCUUUGAAAGUCAGAAAGCUAAAUGCGUUUGACACAGCAUCUCGCUUAUUCCGUGAGUUCCCGUCACAGGUAGUAGCCUCGGAAUCUGAGUACUGUGGAAAGACCUGUCACUUCAAGUACAAAAACAAGCGUACUUCUCUGCGCCCAUCUUGUGAAACAUGUCGAUGUGACGGCGACUGUGUCCUGUAUGAUGACUGUUGUCCGGAUUUCGUUAUUCUUGGGAAUCAGACCACUGUGGCAGCUCCAUACAGUUGUGAGAAUACAAGUCCGGAUUUUCUUGAACAAACAUCAGAUUGGUAUUACAUGAUUAGAUCCUGCGCUGACACCCCCACACCAGGUCUUGUACAAGAAUGCCUUGAUCAACACUCAAAAGACUGGGAGCACCAGGUUCCGGUUGAGGACGCCAGGACAGGAGAUCUCUACAGGAACAAAUUUUGUGCCUUGUGCAACAAUGUGACACUUUUUAACAACUGGGACACCCAAAUAAAAUGCUCAUUAUAUCCAAGCGGUUUCAAAGAGGCCAAAUCAGCAGAAGAAACUUACAAUAUUGCUCUAGAGGCUUCGAUUUGUUAUAUCAAAUUUCUACCCACAUCUCAUACUGUUCUCAGACCUUGUAACUAUCGUGAGGAAAGUGUCAUUUCUUCAUGCAACGUCACUGGGCAAUGGGAGGUUUAUGACAAAAGGGUGAUCGAAGCCUGCGAGAGAUUUACACAUGUUGUGAAUGGAAAGUACCGCAAUGUAUUUUGUUACCUUUGCAAUACAAAUGAUGAUUGGCGUUACAUCCUAAAUGAAUACGUGUUGCAACCCGCGGUCGUUGACAGUGUUGGUCUUACCUCACUGUUGAACUUUCGGCAAAAGACGUUGGAAGUGUUCGAACCAAGGAAGAAUGGUUGUGGAAGGAAACAGUUGUACGACAACAUUAUUAUCAUGGACGGUCAGCCCUACCUUCUAUUCAGCAACGGGGAAGACAAUAAAAUUCUAGCGUUCUCAACACAACAUCAACUGGAGACACUUCAGUCAGACGAGACAAUCUACAGGGAUGGAACAUUCAGUUCCUGUCCUGCACUCCGGGAUCAAGUCUCUAUCCUGCAUGCCAGAUGUGGAUUUGUAAACUACCCUCUUGCGUUUACCCUGUUACCAGAUCGCCAGAUGAUACCAUACCAUUGA